AUGCGCCGUUCCACCUCCAAAUUGCUCAGAUCCUGAGGAAGCCCUUUAGUUCGUGCCGAGGUCUGCGUGCACCAGUCCCCGAGGUCAAGUUCAGUCUUCCAGACUCCCUGCUUCCUCCUGGCAGGCUCUGACGUUCUUCGGUUUUGGAGUUUGGGGGUUGUUCACUUUUUUCCAGCCCUGGACAGCAAUGGGGAUGUCGUCAUCUACUCUAAACCAACUCUGGCCCCUCUGAACAGCCUACUCCAUUAUAGUAAGAUUAGGGCAGGUAGGGGUGUAGGCUACUAAUUUUUAUGACCUCAAGGAAGUAAUGGUAAUAAUUUUAUUAUGCCUGUUAUUUCAUUUCUUUUUUAAGGAGAAUACCAAUGGAGGUCAGUACUUGCACUGCAAUUUAUAGUCUUCUAUAUAUUCUAUAGAAUAAACUAAGCUAUGUUAAGUUAUACGCUCAGAGACAUAUAAGCAAGUAUGUGUCAAGUUGGUUGCAUCUUACACUCAGGUCUGUUGGGACUAAAGGCCGGCCCUUUAUCCACAGACUGAUGAUAGUAACGGCAUUUAUGUAUCACUAAAGCAAGUUAACAAACAUGCUGUCAUUUGAGCCUCAUGACAAAUCAUAGGAAAGAGAGAUUUGGAAAACUUUAGAGACCAUUUUUUCCAUUUCCUUUGUUUUACAGAUAAAGCCCAGAGGUGGCAUCUACAUGGUUCAGUAAAUAGAGUGCUGGCCCUGGAGUUAGGAGGGGACACUUAACACUUCCUAGCUGGGUGACACUGGGCAAGUCACUUAACCCCAUUUGCCUCUCAAACAAACUAAAACAGAUAAAGCCCAGAGAGAUUUAUGUCACACAGUAAAUGGCAGGAAGUAAAAUUUGAAUCUAGGUCCUCUGAUCCCAAAGCCAAUUUUUUUCCAUUAUACCACACUGCCUGUAUUGCUAGCAUUGUUAUUCACGUUUAAUUUUUAUGGUUUAGUAGUUUAUUCAGAGACCUAUUUGCAUAGGGGUUCUAAUUUGAUUUUACUAUUCUCUUUCCAGUUGUAAUUCUUAUCUCUAGCUCCAUUUUCAUAAAGAAAAUGCAAGUUUUAAACAUUAGAAGGUAGUUUCUAGCCUCUCCUUAAAGGUCAAUUUUUCUUUCUCCUUUUCAAUUGCUUUGAAUCUAUGAUAGUUAGGCUUAGGUGUAGGAUUUUGGCCUUGGUUAGAAAAGUGAAGGAUGAGGUGGUUUCUUAUGUCUCUGUGGCCAUUUUCAAGGCAUAAUUGGCUCUUGCUAAUGAGGGUGGAAGUUCUUCAGAUGCCUAGGAAUAGGACAAAGAGUUCCUUCCAAGAGCUUGUAAAAUCUCCAACAAACCAGUGGCUGGGGGAACCCAGACAGCUUCUCUGAUAUUAUUUAUUUAGGUAUUCCCUCUAAUUCCAAUGGGAUGAAUGUGCUAUCCCAUACAACAUUAGGAUGGGAUAGAAUGUGCCUAAUUUUUAGUUACAAAUUCUCUUCAACUCUUACCAGCAUCUGAAAAACAGAACAAGGAAAUGAGGUGGUGAGAAGGGACUGGAUUCCAAGAAACCAAAGAGUCUCUAAAGGAGGUUUUGCCAACUGAGAUACUGCAUGCUUUUUACAAGGUUGAUGGAGGCAGACUCCACCAGUGUAUCCCCAGUCUGAAGAAGCCCUACCUUUGUCCUAAAUGUGGAAGCCAUUUUGCUUUUCCUUCUCUACUGGAGAGUCACCUGCAUGUACAUUCUGGGGAACAUCCUUUUGUUUGUGCACAAUGUGGGGCACAAUUUUCACAAUGGAAAAAUCUCACCCAACACCAAUUCAUCCAUACAGGGGAGAAGCCCUUUCUGUGCCCAGACUGUGGGCGUUGUUUCCAGCAAAGUGGGUCCCUGGCCAUCCACCAGCGCACACACACAGGGUUUGGAAAACCCUUCUCCUGUCCUGACUAUGGGCGCAGCUUUGCCUAUCCCUCUCUGCUCAACAGCCACCUACGGGUGCAUACAGGGGAACGACCCUAUGCCUGUACUCAUUGUGAAGUAAGAUUUUCCCAAAGGAAUAACCUUGUCCAGCACCAGCUCCUCCCCAGGGUGAGAAGCCCUAUCUAUGUCCUGACUGUGGGCGAUGUUUCCGCCAGAAGGGAUCCCUAGUGGUCCACUAUCAGGCACACACAGGUGAUAAACCGUACCCCUGUUCUGGCUGUGGGCUUCGAUUCGCUUAUCCCUCCCUCUUGGUGAUCCAUCAGCGAACCCACACAGGUGAGAAACCAUACUCCUGCCCUGACUGCGGGCAUUGCUUUGCCUAUCCCUCGUUCCUGGUCAGUCAUCAGCAUGUGCACUCUGGGGAACAUCCCUACCCCUGUGUUCAGUGUGGAGCAUGCUUUGCCCGCCGGGAGAAUCUUGUCCAGCACCAGCUCAUUCACAUGGGUGAGAAGUCCUAUUCUUGUCCUAAUUGUGGGCGCUGCUUUCGGCAGAGCGGCUCCUUAGUUAUCCAUCGCCGUAAAUACACAGGUGAGAAACCCUUGUUCUGAAUGUGGGGUCUGUUUCACUUAUUUCUCUUUACUAGUCAGCCACCGGAGGAUUCAUUCUGAUGAGCGUCCUUUCCCCUGCACGGAGUGCGGGAAGUGUUUUAAGUGCAAGUACGCUCUUGAAGCACAUAAGUGGAUCCACCAGUCUGGCACUGAGAGGAUGCAGAAUGGGGGAACUGGGGUACAGCCUCUUCCCCAGGCUUCUGUGAAUGGGGUCCAGGAACCCCUGGUGUACUUCCGGUACUUCCCAGAUAUAUUCCAGGCAUGUGGGUGAUCAAGUCUUUGGGAAGGGAAACAUGAAAGAGCUCCAGUCAGGUAGUUCCAAUCUUCUCCAUGCAGUCUAAAGCAUGGCCAUGUGGUUGUUCUACUGAAGAGGAUGGAAAGCUAUUAGAGGGGGUAGCAAAAAAAUUAAAUUCUGGAGUAACUGCCAGGAUUAAGGAAAGCAUAAGAGAAAUAAAAGAAUCGACCAGUCCCUGUGACCGAGGUUGAAGUUCAACAUUACAAAUCUAAAAGGUGAGUAGUUCUACCAGGCUAAGGUUAGGACUUUACCAUUUUUUGGUAUUCUCCUUCAGUAUACCAAUCUCUAGGAGUCAGAGAAGUUUAGUGUUUACACAGUUUAUAAUCAAGGACUUAAUGCACAUUCAACUCUAGUCAAGGAGACAUUCCAAGUCCUCAACCCUAGUUUGCAGUGAUUUUUUCCCUCAGGUAUGCCAUUACUUUAUAAAAGGAUGGUUUGCCUUUCAGGCAUAAUGGUACCCAUAGGUAAAUGAGAUGAGCUCUAGCUCUUAUGCUAGGGCCAAAAACACACACACAUACCAGUCCUGAACUUCAAGGAGUUUUCUCGAGUCUUUCUGUCUUCAUUAGUCAUUUUCCACUGCCCCCCACCCAAGUUGAACCCUCCCUCUUUACAAAGAAAAUUGAACAAAAACAUCUUGAUCCAGAGAUCAUACAUGACAGUGUUAACAGUAUUCUAAAAGUGCUUACAUUCUGCUGGGGGGAAGAAACAGCUUGUCGUACAAAUCUAUAGGAAUUAUAUACAAGAGUAAAUACAAACUCAUCUUGGGGGAGGGUAAAAGAGGAACUGGGGAGAUCAGAAAAAGCCUCUUUUGGAAGGGGGUCCCUGAUGUGAGACAUGAAGAGAGCCAGGGGAGUUCUGUAAGGUGUAUUUGAGGAGGGGGAGCCUUAAAGGGAUGAAGGAGAGUCUGACUAAAAUUAUGAGGGUAAGAAAUAAGAUACCACAUUUGGUGAACAACACGUAGACCAGCUUUGUUAUAAGGUGGAAAUACCAGAGGGAAUGAUGUGAAGUCAGCUCAGCUUGGCUGACUAGAGCCUUGAUGGUAAAGGGUCUUUAACUCCAAACUCAGGGGCUCAUAUUUUCUCCAUCAAGCCAAUAGACACAAGCUGUUAAGCAGAGGAGUGGUGUGGUCUGACUUGUAUUUUGGGAUCAUUUUAGCAACCAAAGAUAGAUUGAAGAGGGAAGAGACAUGAGGCAGAGGCCAGUUAGGAGACAAAUAGAAUAGGUUCAGGUAAGAGAUAAUGAGUUUAAAUUAGGGCGGUAGCUGUUUGAGUGCAGAGAGACAAGAGAUUUUAUAGCGAGAGAAGGUACAAGACUUAGCAAAUGAUUGAAUAAGGAGGGUGACAGAGAGGGAAUGAUGAGGAUGACAAUUCCAGAGUUGCAAACCUGAAUAACUGGAAUGAUGUUGCUACCUUAACUGAAAUAAAAUGUUAUAAAAGAGGUAAGAUUGGGUUGGGGGAAGACACAUUGAGUUUUGGACAGAAUGAGUUUGGGAAGGCAAUAGAACACCUGAGUAGGGAUGUCCAGUAGCCAAUUCGUAACCUGGCAACUAGAUGUGUAUGUUUAGGACCCAUUCUCAUAAAGAUGAUAAUUGAACUCAUGAGAUUCAAUUUAGCAUGAGAUAAAAUUACCAAAAAAUUUAUAAAAGAAUAUAGGAAAUAGAAUAUAAGGGAAAAAAGGAGUCUAAGGAUACACCCAUGCAAAGGGGGUGGGACUGCAAUAGUUGUUUUCCAGUUGUAUCUGACUAUUUGUGAUGCUAUUUGAAGUUUCUUGGGAAAGAUAUUGAAGUGAUUUUCCAUUUAUUUUUUUUUUUUUAGCUCAGUUUACAGAUGAGGAAACUAAGGGAAACAGAGUUAAGUGACUUGCCCAGGGUCAUACUUAGUUUCUGAGGCAGGAUAUGAAUUUAGGAAGAUGAGUAUUCUGACUCCAGGCUUAACACUCAGCAAAGGAGACUGAAAAGGAAAUGGUCAGACAGGUAGGAAGAGAACUAUGUGAGUAUUAUGUUAUAUAAAUCCAGAGAGAGGAUCUAGGAGGAAUAAGUGAAUAAUGGUGUCAAAAAGAUCAAGAAGGAUUGGAACUGGGCAGCAGGAAGGUGGGAUGGGGAUGAAGGCCAGCUGUUACAACAUCACCUCACUCACUAGAUGGUAAAGUAAACAUUGGUCCUGGAGUCAGGAGGACCUGAGUUCAAAUUCAGCUUCAGACACUUAGCACUCUCUGGCUGUGAGAUCCUGGGCAAGUCACUUAACUCCAAUUGCCUCAGGAAAAAAAGAUCUCUGUGUAACCUUAGAGAGCAGUUUCCACUGAAGAGAGAGCUUGGAAGCCAUAUUGCUCCAAGACGUUAAAAAGUGAGGUGAGGUAAUGGAGGCAGUGAACACAAUAAUUCAGUGGUAACUAAUAGCAUAAGGUUGAACUGACUUAACUGUAACAUCAGGAUGAAGGAAGCAAAGUGAAGUCAGAGUAGAAUGAAUGACACAGAAAGAAAGGAAGUUAGGGAGGAUAAAGAAUGGAUUUAGGAGAUUUAAAAAAAAAGAAAGAAAAAUUUGAAUGGCACGUUCUGCCAAGCUUCAUGUGCUCUCAAAGAAAUGCUAUCAGCCUCUGCCCUGUCUGCCUGGAUGUCUGCCUAGAAUUCUAUAAAUUGGAAGAUAUCCAGUGUCUUUUGUAGGGAAACUAUGAUACAUCAUCUUUAGGGAUCGACUUAUUGCUCUACAUAAGGCAUUUUCUUAAAAUAUCAGAUCAUAGAUUUGAUUGAUCUGUAAUUCACUUUAAGAUUCUUUCCCAGGGGACAGCUAGAUGGUACAAUGGCCCUGAAGUCAGGAGGAUCUGAGUUCAAAUCUGGCCUCAAACACUUAAUACUUCUUAGCUGUAUGACUCUGGGCAGGUCACUUAGCCUCACUUGCCUCAGGAAAAAAAAAUCUUUUCCCAUGAGCCCCUGCCUAUCACUGUAUCCCCUAGGUUUUGAUUUUGUAGAGUACAAGGAAUCUCUAAAAGCUACAGAUUUGUAUUUUAUUCAUCAGAGCACUAGCUCAGUCCCAGCUACAUAAAGAGGCUAGACUUGGGAGAGAUCUAGUUUAGAACAUCAUUCUUAUAUUUCUUAAUAAUAGUUGGAUUUUUAUAUUAUGGAGUUCUGCUAUUAACCCAAACCCAAAUCAUUAUCUCUCCUCUUGACUUGUUUCUCUUAAUUCCCUGUGUCCUUCCAUAAAAAACCUCAGGCUUCUUGGACAUCACUCCCUUGUUCAGUUUUCAAAUUCUUUUGUUUCUAUCCCCUUCCAUUCUUAUGACCUUCAUUCAAAUGUAGACCCUUGAAUUAUCUCCCAUCUAGAUUAUCCCAAGUGCCUCCAAAUUAGUAAACCUUUUCCAGGCUCUCUGUUCCAACUCAAGAGAAUUUAAAAAUGUUUAAUGAAACUCAGUAGCUAUGUAGUCCAUUCAAUACCAGAAAAAGAACCCCUAUCACCAAAUACCCAACAAAGGGUCAUUAACCUCUGCUUGAAGGCUUCCUGACAAAGAGUAAGGGAAAAGCUACUGAAGCUUUUCCUCUCCUGAAAACCCUUGUAGAUAUAUCAAACUUAAUAAGACCUCUUUUCAGCUUCUAAUCAUUGUCCACAUUUUGGGAGCCAAACAAAAUAAAUCUGAAUUCUCCAUAUAAUUGCCCUUCAAAUAUCAACAAUUUUAAUGCCAAACACUGAUGUGAAAUCUUCAUUUUGAACUUCACCUCUUUCCACCCUCAUGUUUUUCAACCAUGAUUUCUAUGGCUCUCUUCAAGACCCUUCAUCAUUUUAGUUGCUCCCCUCAGAAUGCUGUUUGAGUUUCUUUUCUAUACCAUGGAAACCAGAACUGAAUAUAAUACUAUACACAUGGCCCUGUAAUCUAUAAUGAAGCUAUCAAUCAACUUAUUCCUAGAAGCUUUGACACUCACUACAACUCAAUAUCAUAACUUUUUUUUGACAUACAUUGUUAACUCAUUGAAACUGUCACCCACCAAAAUUCCCAUUCUUCCCUUAUACAAAUUUGGCUAAUCAUCUUGUUCUGUGGAAAUCAAAUUUUUGAAUCCAAGCAUAAGACUUUUCACUUAUCCCUAUUAUUAGAUUCAAUUCCAGUCUCCAUGACUAUUGAACUAUUUUUUAAAUUCUGACUCUGUCAUCCAGUUUGUUAGUUAUUCUUUCCAUCUCUGUGAUAUUUGAAAUUUUUAUAAACCUUCCAUCUUUGCCUUAUCUAAGACAAAUAGCACAGGCCAAGCCCAGAUACCUGAGACACUCCCCUAAAAACCUAAUAAACUGACAUUGAACUAUUAAUGACUUCUAUACAAGUCUUAGGUUUCCCAAAUUCUAUAGUGCCUCAUCCCUAGAACGGGAAAUGACAUAAGUUCCCUGAUUAAGGGGUGCUUCUGUUAAAAUGCAAGUCCCCAGCCAAGGAAUUCUGCUUGAGCUUAGAGGUCCUUAUAACCUAAAUCUUCCCAGGUAUUUGGGUGUCCCAGCUAUAGAACAGACAAUAGCAAGAGAAGGCUUACCUUGGCCAAAAUUUCGUGGAUCCCCAUAUGGGCCACCAAAUGUUAAUAUGUGAGAAAUGAGGGUGAGAAAUCCCACAGAUUUUGCAAAAGAAUUUGCAAUCCUGAAAGGCGAGGUUUGUGGCAAAAAUGGGUUUAUUACACUGAGAAGAAAUAUCUUCAUCAGUGGGCAAAAUUCUGUUAGGAUCUUUAGCAGAGAUGGGUUUACAGGCUUUUGGUUAUAUUGGGUUUUUGUAGCCAGAGCUAGGGAGCAAUUUGAGGGACUAAUUUUCAACUCAAUAAAGCGUCGUGAUUAUGCCCCAGGCCAAGAUCUCCAAUUGAAUUGAAUUGAAUUUUGUGGAGAUUACCAUUUUAGAGUUUUUCCUAUAAACAGGAGGGUGGGGCCCCUCCCAAAGGCUGGGAGGAGUUGAGAUUCGAACCCAGGUUUACCUCCCCCCCAAAAAAAAGAUCAGAGAGACAGAAAAUCCCCUUAUAUCAUAGCCAUUCAACUAUUUCUUCCAGACUUUUAAAGACUCUUUAUGCAAAUUUUUUUCAGAAACUUUUCAUGACUUCCUAAUAUAUGCAGAGUAAUGUUUAAACAUUUCAGCAUGGCAUUCAAUUCAAUUUAGUCAAAUUUGAUCUUAAAACAUUUAUUAAGGACCUACACAACUGUAAGCAUUGAGAGAUGUAGUUCUUCUGUUCGGUUCUGCAAAUAUGUAUUGUAUCUAGGAUAUACUGCUACAUAUUUAACAUAUAUAGGACUGCUUGCCAUCUUGGGGGGGGGAGGAGGAAGGGAGGGGAAAAAACAAAACAUAAGUGAUUGCAAGGGAUAAUGCUGCGUAAAAAUUAUCCUGGCAUGGAUUCUGUCAAUACAAAGUUAUUAUUAAAAUAAAUAAAUAAAUAAAUAAAAAUUAAAAAAAAAUAAAAAAAUAAAAAAAGAGAGAGAUGUAGUUCUUCCAGUGGAAUCAUUAACAUCAUUAAGAUUAUUGAAGCCAGUACAAAAUCAUACUUUUGCUAUGGCUCUGGGCUUUAUUUCUAGGAAAGAAAAAUAGUUAACUGGACAUCCACUGGCAUACUUAACACAGAUUGGCCUAAGAUUUUCCAAUGCACUGUUUGUUAAGUUAGAUGUCAUUGUCUUCCCUUAGUAUUACAGAUGCACCUAAGAGUAAUGUUCUCAAUACCAGAGAAUAGAACAUCAAAAAGCUUAAUGGCUGAAAAGUUUUGUCUUUUAAAAGUGACUCUAGAAUUCACCAAUAAGGAUCAUUAUGAUUAUUCUCCAUGGUAGUUAAUCUUGGAGUGUGUACAUAAAGUUUAGUUUGGAAAUAUUCAGGGUAAGAAAUAUAUGGGAGGUUGCUACAUAUAGAAGAGGAAACUGGGUUGCUCUAGGUCACCCAGUUAUCACCUAGAAAUAUAAAAGCUUUCAUUAUAGUGAUAAUUUUAAAUUUCAAGAAUAUAAACUAAACAGGAGAAGACUCACAUUUUUUAAAAAGCUGUCCACAAAGUAAGCCCUUAAGAAAACUACCUAUAAAUUUUCUCAGAUUUAACCACAAAGAUUGUAUAGCUGACAGUGAAAUACAAGAGCAAAAAGGGUUCUCCCAAUUAUCCUCAGAUCCAGGAAGAAAAGAUGAGAGGAAAACUUGUACAAAGUGAAAAGAAACUUAGAUAUUACAAGUUAAGAAUCUGGCCAUGCUGACUUUAAAAAAAAAAAAAAAGGAAAUAUUUAAAGCAUUAAAGGACUUGAAAUAAUUGGUAAAUAGGUCCUACAGAGACUUGAGAAUAGAAAAAUUAGAAAGGGAAAGGAAAGCUCACAGAGACCAUCAUCAUCAUCAUAGCUAAUGUCUAUAAUCCACUUUAUGGUUUAUAAAUAUCAUCUUAUUUUAUCUUCAUGACAACCUUGGGAGAUAAAUGCCUAUUUUUAUGAUGGCUGCCCAUUUUAAAGAUGAGGAAAUGAAGAGACAGGCCAUAUAGCCAGUAAAUAUCUGAGGCAAAUUUGAACUGAAAUUUUCCUGAUUGUAGGUCCAGCUAUCCACUGGGCCAACUUGCUUGCAAAUAGUUGUGUAUAUAAGAAAAAAACCCCACAAUGUUAUAUAGGAAACUACAGUCUCUUGAGAACGAGUACAUUACACUUGUUUGGAAUAAAAAAGACUUCUGGUGGGAAUGAGUAUGAAGUAAAGGAUGCCAUUAUAAUAAAAUACAGGAUUGAAAGACUAGUCCUAUAAUCAUAAUAGUUAGAAUUUAUAUAGUGCUUUAAGGCUUGCAAAGCACUUUAUAAAUAUCUCACUUUAUCUUUACAACCACCCUGGGAAGUAGGUGCUAUUCUCCCCAUUUUGCAGAUGUGGAAACUAAGAUUGACAGAAAUUAAGUGACUUCUUCAGAAUUAUUCUUGCCUGUUGAGAGUCUUAAGGAUUUGAACUCGAAUCUUCCUCAUUCUAAUCUGAGGAGAAUAAAAGCCUAUAGUUCAUUGGAUGGACUCCUUGAGACAAAUUUAUGGAAAUACAUGGGUGAGAGUCUCACAGAAUGUGUGGGCAUGGAUAAAUUAAAAUGUACAUCCCUGGAAGGAAUAGCAUCUAUAAAACCAAAGAUCUAGUGGCAUACUGAAUGAAGCCUUUACACAUCCUUGAGUAUCAAGCCUCCGGGCUCCUAUUGCUACUUGAUGGCACUUACAACCUUAAGAGUCUGUCCUGCUUGAGCCUCCGUCUCUUCCUCUUUCAAUUCAAUUUGACAUACCUUUGUCAAGCACCCCUUAUGUGUAGGAAGAUAUGUUGGCACUAUUAGGUCUGUAUCCCAAAGUAAUUUUUAAAAAAUGAAAUGGACUAUAUAUACAAAAAUAGUUAUAGCAGCUCUUUUAAUGAUAGUAAGGGAAUGGAAAUUGAGGGGUUUGUCCAUCAAUUGGACAAUGGAUGAACAAGUUAUAUAUGAUUGUAAUGGAAAAUCAGAAAAGACUAAUAUGAACUGAUGCAAAGUGAAAUAAGCAGAACCAAGAGAUCAUUGUGCACAGUAACAGCAAUACCGUAUGAUCAGCUGUGAAUAACUUUGCUAUUCUCAGCAAUACAGUUAUCCAAGAUUUGAAUUCUGAAGGAUAUAUGAUUUUUUUAAAAAAGAGAAAGAUGUGUUGAGAGCUUUAAAGGAUUCAUUUUGGGAGAUCCUGAAUAGCCACUGGAGUUGAGGUAAAAUCUCAAAGGUAAAAGCAGAGAGUGAGUCAGGGAGUCUUGGUAUAUCUUUUGUUUUUAAAUCACCAUUUCCAGAUAUGUCCUUUCUCCUUUUCCUAUCCAGAAACAAAUAUAAUCUGCUCUGCCUGACCUUUAAAGCAUUUUACAACCUGUCCUUUGCUACCUUUCCUUCUUCAUUUUAUUCUUCUCAGCUUCUUCAAUUCCCCCCAUACUGGCUUUCACACUCAGAACCUAUCUCCCAUGUCCUUGGCACUCAGUGUCUCCUGUGCCUCCCUUACUAUGCCCCACUCUUUCCCUUCCAGUGCUUGAAAUGCAUUCCCUCUUUACCUCCACCUUUGAGAUUCUCUGGUUUCCUUCAAUUCCAUGUUGCCAUUGAACUUUGGUGACUAGAAAAAGAGUUAGGCUGAGAAAUUUGUUCAUCCUUGUCUCAUUAAAUCCAAAUCACACAUGAAUCUAGUCCUCACCCCAUAAUGUAAUGGAUCAUCUUUGAAAACAAAGAACAAAGGGUUAUGGAUGGAGCUAGUGCUGGAUUCAGGAGGACUUGAGUUUAAAUGUAACCUCAGAUACUUGACACUUACUAGUUGUGUGACCCUGGGCAAGUCACUUAACCCCAGUUGGCUCACCAAAAAAAAAAAAAAGACAAACAACCCUCUUUAGGACUUGGCUCAGGUAACACCUUAAUAAGUCUUCGGUCCUUCCAGAUUACUAGUACAUGUUAUCCUAAAACUACUCUAGAUUCAUUUUGUACUUAUAUAUAUUGUCUCCCUCGUUAAAAUGUAAUGGCUGUUUCAUUUUGUUGUUUUUGAUUUUUUUCUUAAUUUUUGUAUUCCUAGCACUUAGCAAGAAUACCUAACAUAGUAAAAUGCUUGUUAGUUUUUUUCUCAUGUAAUUUUUUUUUUUGGAAUGAGAAAAAAAUUUACUAUGUACACAGCAGACCAUAAGAAAGGAUUCUAUAUAAGGCAAUAAAUUUCCAUUUCAAGAAAACCUAUGUAAUAAACACUAUAUAUCGUUUUAAAAACUGCUCUGUUUGGUUUUCUUUUGUUUUCUGCCAUGCACUUUUUACUUUUUCUUUUCUCCCACUCUAAAGAAGGAUGAAAUAAUCUUGUGUAUAUAUCUAUAUAUCGAUAUCUAUAAAUACAUUUAUAACUAUAUGCUCUCAUACUCAUAUGUAAGACCAUACUAUGCUUAUUUCCUAUUAUAUUUUUUUUCUUCUGAAAGUGGAUAGCCUCUUCCUUCAUUUGUCCAAAUCUUUCCAUGUUUUUCUAAAACAAGCAGCUCUUUAUUUCCUACAACAUAGCAAUAUUCCUUUCUGGAUUCAAACAGCAGUUUUCUUCAUAGAAUCUUUGAGGUUAAUUUGGUUAUUUAUAAUAGUUAAAAUGAUUUAGUUGUUCCAAGUUGUUCUUAAAACAAUACAGUUAUUACAUACAGUGUUCUCUUGGUUCUCUUCAUUAAUUUUCAUUAUUUCAUGGAGGUCACUUCAUGCUUUCUAAAAAUCAUAGAGCUCAUCAUUUCUUAUAGAAGAGUAAUAUUGCACCAUGAAAUUUAAUUUUUUAUUGAAACUUUUUAUUUUCAAAACAUAUGCAUGGAUAAUUUUUCAACAUUGUCUCUUGCAAAACCUUGUUUCAAAUUUCUCCCUCUUCCCCUCACCCCCUCCCCUAGAUGGCAAGUAAUCUAAUAUAUGCUAAACAUAUUUAAAAUGUUAUAUCUAAUUAUGUAUACAUAUUUAUACAAUUAUCUUGCUGCACAAGAAAAAUCAGAUCAAAAAGGAAAAAAAUUGAAAAAAAAACAAAAUGCAAACAAUAACAAAAAGAGUGAAAAUGCUAUGUUGGAAUAGAUGGCUCUCUUAUCACAAGAUCAUUGGAACUGGCCUGAAUUAUCUCAUUGUUGAUAAGAGCCACGUUCAUCAGAAUUGAUCACUGUAUAAUCUUCUUGUUGUCAUGUACAAUGUUCUCUUGGUUCUACUCAUUUCACUUAGCAUCAGUUCAAAUAAGUCUCUCCAGGCCUCUCUGAAAUCAUCCUGCUGAUCAUUUCUUACAGAGCAAUAAUAUUCACAAACAUUCAUAUGCCAUAAUUUAUUCAGCUAUUAUCCAAUUGAUGGGCAUCCAUUCAGUUUCCAAUUUCUUGCCACUACAAAGGGGGCUACCACAAACAUUUUUGCACAUGUGGGUCCCUUUCCCUCCUUUAAGAUCUCUUUGGGAUAUAGGCUCUAUAAAAAUAUUGCUGGAUCAAAAAGUAUUCACAGUUGGAUAGAUCUUUGGCAUAGUUUCAAAUUGUUCUCCAGAAUGAUUGGAUCAGUUCAUAACUCCACCAGUAAUAUAUUAAUGUUCCAGUUUUCCCAUAUCCCCUCCAACAUUCAUCAUUAUCUUCUCCUGUCAUCUUAAGUCAAUCUGAGAGGUGUGUAGUGAUACUUCAGAGUUGCAUUUCUCUGAUCAAUAGUGAUUUAGAGCACCUUUUCAUAUGGCUAGAAGUGGUUUCAAUUUCUUCAUUUGAAAAUUGCCUGUUUAUAUCCUUUGACCAUUUAUCAGUUGGAGAAUGGCUUGAAUUCUUAUAAAUUUGAGUCAGUUCUCUAUAUGAGGCCUUUGUCAGCAUCCUUGAAUGUAAAAAAUUUUUCCCAGUUUGCUUCCCUUAUAAACUUGUCUGCAUUGGUUUUGUUUAUACAAAAACUUUUUGACUUAAUGUAACCAAAAUUAUCUAUUUCGUUUUCAACAAUGUACUGCAGUUCUUCUUUGGCCACAGAUUCCUUCCUUGUCCACAGAUCUGAGGGGUAAACUAUCCUUUGUUCGUCUAAUUUGCUUAUUAACAUCACUAUGUCUUAAGUCAUGAACCCAUUUCAACCUUACCUUGGUAUAUGGUAUUAAGCAUGGGUCAAUGCCUACUUUCUGCCAUACUAAUUUCCAAUUUUCUCAGCAGUUUUAGUCAAAUAGUGAGUUUUUAUCCCCAAAGUUGGGGUCUUUGGGUUUGUCAAACACUAGAUCACUAUAGUCAUUAAUUAUUUUGUCCUGUGAAGCUAACCUAUUCCACUGAUUAACUACUCCUCUGUUUCUUAACGAAUUCCAAAUGGUUUUUAUGACCUCUGCUUUAUAAUAUAGUUUUAGGUCUGGUACAGGUAGGCUGCCUUCAUUUGCAUUUUUCUUUAAUUCUCUUGAGAUUCUUGACCUUUUGUUCUUCCAGAUGAACUUUGUUAUUAUUUUUUCUAGAUCUGUAGAAUAAUUUCUUGGAGUUUGGCAUGGUAUUGAAUAAGUAGAUUAAUUUAGGUCGUAUUGUCAUUUUUAUUAUAUUCACUUGGCCUACCCAUGAGCAUUUGAUAUUUUUCCACUUGAUUAGACUUUCAUUGAUAUGUCAAAAUUUCUUUAACUAUUCCCCAAUUGAUGGACCUCUCUGAAAUUUCCAAUUCUUUUCCACUACAAAGAUGUGUACUAUAAAUAUUUUAGAACAGUGUUCUUUUCCAUUUUUCGCAAUCAUCUUGGGAACAAGACCCAAGAGUGAUUUUGCUGAUUCGAGAGGUAGGCAGUUUGAUAAGUCUGUGGGCAUAAUUACAAAUAUCUCUCCAAAACGGUUGGAUCUGUUCAAAGAUCCUCUAACAAAGAAUUAGUGUCCCAAUUUUUCACACAUGCCCUCCAAUAGUUAUCAUUUUUCCCUUCUCCCAUUUUUAAAAGUUUUUUUCCCUUCUAUCAUUUUAGCUGAUCUGAAUCUGAUUAAGUGAAAAAUGAUUUUCUCUAAUCAAUAAUAAUUUAGAGCAUUUUUUCAUAAGGCUAUAAAUUGUUUUGGUUUCUUCAUCAGAAAACUGCCUGUUCAUAUUCUUUGAUCAUUUAUCAAUUGGGGAAUAACUCACGUCUUUAUAGAUUUAUAGAUUUGAAAAUAUAUAGAUAAUAUAGAUUUAUAGAUUAUAUAUAGUUCUUUGAGUACUUAAGAUGUGAGAUAUUUGAGAAACUAUAUAUUUUCCAGUUUACUGCUUUCCUUUUGAUCUUGCCUACAUUUGUUUUAUUUAUACAUAAACUUUUGAAUUUAAUGCAAUAAAAAUUAUCCAUUUUAAUCUCACAACACUAUCUCAUUUAUUCAUAAAUUAAUCAGUAUUCAUGUCUGAUAGUUAAUAUGUUUCAUAUUCUUCAAAUUUUCUAAUAUAUUCCUUUAUAUCUAGGUUCUGUAUCUAUUUUGACCUUAUCUUGGUAAAUGAUAUGAUAUAUUGGUCUAUGUCCAAUUUCUGCCAGACUACUUUCCAGCUUUCCCAACAAUUUCAUCAAAUAAUAGAUUAUUAUCCCCCAAAUUUAAGUCUUUACACUUGUCAAAUACUGGGAAACUGUAUUCAUUUUCUGCUGUAAAUAGCAUUAUCUACUCUGUACCACUGACCUACCUUUCUCUUUCUUAGCCAAUACCAGAUAGUUUUUGACAAUUACUGCCUUAUAAUAUAGUUUAAGAGCUGAUACUGCUAAAUCUCCUUCCUUUACCUUUUUUCCAUUAUUUCUUUCUUGAUCUUUUGUUCUUCCAAAUGAGUUAGGUUUUUUUCCUAGCUCCAUAAUUUUUUUGGCAAUUUUAAUUGACAUGGCAUUGAAUAUAUGGAUUAAUUUUGAUAAAAUUGUCAUUUCUUAUAUUGGCCUUGUCUAUGCAUGAACAAUUAAUAUUUCUCCAUAUAUUAACACUUGAUUUUAUUUGGGCACAAAUAUUUUUAUGGUUUUGUUUACAUACAUUGUUCGGGAUAUCUCUAUUUAUCUCUUCCUGCAGGAGCCUGUUGAUAAUAUGCUGAUGAGUUGUGUGGAUUUGCUUUAUAUCCUGUUAACUUUGUUGAAAUUUCAUUUCAAUGAAUUUUUUAGUUGAGUCUUUAGGAUUUUCCAAGCAUUAUCAUUAUAUUAUCAGCAAAAGACAAAGUUUUACUUUGAUUUUUUCAAUUUCUUUUCCUUCUCCUAUUGCAAUUGCUAGAAUUUCCAAAACAAUAUUGAAUAUUUGUGACAACGGGUAUCUUUGUUUCACAUCUGAUUUUAUUGGGAGAGUUUCUAGCUUAUUCCCAUUAAAAAUAAUGGUUGCUGAUGUUUUUAAGCAAAUGCAUCUUAUCUAAGAAAAAAAUCAUUUAUGCCUAUACUUUUGAGUGUUUUAAAUAGGAAUGCGUGUUGAAUAUUUUCUAAAGCAAAUGCUUCUCUGCAUCUACUGAUAUCAUUUUUUGUUACUUUUAUUACUGAUAUAACCAAUUAUGUUAAUAGUUUUCCUUAUGUUAAAACCAUCCCUGCAUUCCUCAUAUAAAUCCUGCUUGUUCACAAUGUAUAAUCUUUGUAAUAUAUUAUAGUAAUUGCUUAACUAGUAGUAUUUUAUUCAGGAUUUUUGCUUCCAUAUUAAUUAAUGAAAUUGGUAUAUAAUUUUCUUUCUGUUUUUACUUUUCCUGGUUUAAAUGUCAGUAUUAUAUUUGUUUCAUAAAAGGAAUUUGGAAGGACAACUUCUUUGCUUGUUAUUCCAAAUAAUUUAUUUAAUAUUUGAAUUAGUUGGUCUUUAAAUAUGUAAUAAAAUUCACUUGUAAAUUCAUUUAGUUCUGGUGCUUUUUUCUUAGGAAGCUAACUAAUGGCCUGCUCAAUUUCUUUUUCUACGAUAGGCCUAUUCUAUUUCCUCUUAUGGUAAUCUGGUCUAUUUGUAUUUUUGUAAAUAUUCUUCCAUUUCCUUUAAGUUGUUAAAUUUAUUGGUGUAUAAUUUAGCAAAAUAACACAUUUGAUAUUAUUUUCUUUAUUGAUUUUUUGUUUUUAAUACUAGUAGUUUGAUUUCUUUUCUUUUUUCUAAAUCAUAGUAACCAGUGGUUUAUCUAUUAUUGAUUUUCAUAAUACUUACUUCUAAUAUUAAUUCAUUUUUUUUACACUCAGUUCUAUUAAUUUCAUCUUAAAGUUUUAAGAUUUCCAAUUUACUGUCUUUUUUUUUUUGGUAUUCCUAGCAUAUAGCAAGAGUACCUGGAACAUAGUAAAAUGCUUGUUGAUUGAUUUUAAUUGAUGAUUUUUGUAUGUGAAUCUAGUUUAAAUGUGAGAGAUCAAGCCCAGUCAGAAAAGAUUUAAGUCUUAUUCAGAUUCCUAUCUUAUAUAGAUCAAUUAUAGGCAAUGUGGCAUUAUGGAUAAAACCUGGCCUCAGAGUCAAAAUUCACAUUCUGCCUCUCACACAUACUGAAGUCUAAUCCUGAGCAAAUCCACUGAACCUCUUAUUGCCAUAAACUUUAUUUUCCAAAAUUUUUUUUCUCAAGGAGGUAAUGUGGGUUAAAGGACUUGCUCAGGAUUGCAUAGCUAGCAGUGUCUUGAGGCCACAUUUGAACUCAGAUCUUCUUCACUCUAGCCACAGUGCUCUAUCCACUGAGCAACCUCACUGCCCCAAGCAGCUCUCUGAAGAAUGUGAAUUGUAGUCCAAGUCCAAGCUGGGCCUGAUAGUUUGCCAUACCUAUAAAAUCACAGAUCUGUACCCAAAAGACAAGUAUUUGCUAUAUACUUAUUCAUAAUGCCAAGGCUCCACCUAGCUAAUUUACUGAACACAUUCCCCAUGAUACAUCACACUGGCUUCCUUGCUGCCUCUCCAAUGUUAUGCUUCAUCUCUCAACUGGAAACAUUUUCAUUGGCUAUCUCCCUCAACUCUUCGAUCUCUCUUCCUUCAAGCCUCAGCUAAAGUCCCACCUUCUGCAAGAAGCCCAGUCCUUUUAGUUCCUUUACUCUGAGAUUAUCUCCAAUUUAUUCCGUAUGUAUACAUAUGUACAUAUAUGUAUAGAUACAUAUACAAAAAUGUAUAUACCAUGUAUACACCUACAUACACACAGAUAUUUUCCUUCUAUAUAGUUUGCAUAUUGUCUUCCUGGUUAAGAUUGUGAGCUCCUCAGGGGGUUUACCUUUAUCUUUCCUGUGUUUGCUUUGCACAGGGCCUGGCACAUAGUAGAUGCUUAAUAAAUGCUUGUUGACUGACUGAUACACAGAGAAGUAAAUAUAAAGCAAUUGGGAGUGGGGCAACAAUUGGAGAAAUCAGAAAAGUUUAAUAGAAGGUGGCAGCUGUGAUUUUAGGAGACCAAGGUGAUGAGAGUGAAAGUAUUCCCAGCAUGGAGACAAGAGAUGAAAGAUCAUAAAUGGGAUACAUCGGGAAGUCCAAUUGGACUGAAAUAUUAAAAAUACAUAAGGAAGAGUAUUGAGAGAUAAUUGGCUGAAGCUCAAUAGUGAAACAUUUUAAAUGUCAAAGGAAGAAGUUUGGCAUUUUAUCACAGAAGUAACAUGAAAUUAAUUAUUAACAUGAAUUAAUAUUCUUGAGUUUGGGAGAUUGGUAUGGUCAAAUCGAUUCUUUAGGAAAAAGUGUUGGGAAGCUGAAGUAGAUUAUAUCAUGGAUACAAAAAACAAAAAUUAAACAAACAAAAAACAGGAGCCAUGCAGUAGACUAGCCAAGAGUUUGCCAAAUCUUCAAUUGGGGUAAUGUGAUGUGAGAAAGGGAUGGAUGUGAAAGGCUGAAUCUGUGUCAAACAUGGCAACUAAUUAGAUGUAAUGAUCCAAGCAGGGUGAAGAACUGAAAAUGACUACUAAGCUACAAAUCAGAAUGAACAAAAAAUGGUGGUACCCUUUAUCAGAAAUAAGGCAGUUGUAGAAAGGAUGUGUGUGUAGGGAUAAUGAAUGUCUAUUUUGGACUUUUUAAGCUUGAGAUACUUAGACUGAAAUGUUGGCAUUGGAAUAUGUAUAGUAAUUCCCCAAAAAACUUUAAAAGCUUGUUAAUCUAGUAAUUAUUUUUCUGAAUCUUUCCAUUCUGGAACUAAGAUAUGAAGGGCUUUAAAAGCCAAAUAAUAAAGUUUCCAUUGAUUCUAGGGAGAAUGGGGAUGAACUUUUUGAGUAGAGGAGUGAUUAGGCUUUAGGAAUAUCAUUAUGUCUGUGGAGAGGAAGAUUUGGAGAGAGUUUCAGAAGCUUAAAUUUCUGUGGGGAAAGAGAAAUGGUCACAUUUUAAAGUGGCCUUUACCAUGUGCCGAUCCCUGUGUUAAACUCUUUACAAUUAUUAUCUCAUUUGAUCCUUACAACCCUGGAAGAUGUGUGCUGUUAUCAUCCCCAUUUUAUAAAUGAUGAAACAGGCAGGCUAAAGUGCAGCGACUUCCCAAGGUCACAGAGCUAGAAAGUGUCUGACACUGGGUUUGAAACACUGGGCUUCUUCCAAAUUCCAGGCCCAGAGCUUUACUCACAAGGCCACCUGGUAGCCCCUCAUCUAUGUGCAACACAUGCAGAAAAAAAGCCGUUUCGGAAGUGAGGCGGACCCAAAGCUAGCGUGAAGGGCAGGGUUCCUAGGCCACAGUGAUCGCGCAGGAACGUGGUACCGUACAAACCCAGAGUACAAACCGUACGAGCCAGCCCUGAAUUCGGAGCUCACGGUCAAAGUAAUGCCCGUUUUCCUGGAAGGUUUAGCUGAUCCAUUAUUGGCGUCGCCUCCGGCAAGACUGCUACUUCUCACUUUCAAGGGAAGAGCCAAAUAUUAUCCCAAACAACCACUGCUGUAGUGCACUCCCGGUGCCGUGUGGGACAUCCAGAAAUAUCCCACAGUCGUUUCCUGGGGAACCAAGCAUCUCGCGGUGCUCUGCGGCCACCGUACUAAAGGGCGGAAUUUCAGGACAUUGAAGCAGGCCUGUCGCCAUGCUGAAAAAGGGCGCUGCUCGGAGACCAGUGAAGAACAUUAGUGUAAGGGCCGUGAAGCCAGUGCGCCGCCAAGUUUUCUGAGGACGCUAAACGACUUCCGGUGCCUCACGUCCGGGCAGUACUCAUGUGACCAACCCCUAACGGCUUCUUCGGACUCUAGAACAGGGGUCUCCGGAAGGUCGCUUCCGGUCCCUUGGGCUACUGAGGCGGCUCUGUGCUCCAGAAUCUCGGAUACCCAAACGCCAAGGCCCGAGUCCGAUCGGCCGUGAAAGGAGAGGGACACGUUAGUCUCCGGGGCGGACAAUGAGCGGGCCCGGGCCGGGGGCGCGGGGCCUCGUGAGCUUCGCCGAUGUGGCCGUGUACUUCUCCCCAGACGAAUGGGGACGGCUGCGCCCAGCGCAGAGGGUCCUCUACAGGGACGUCAUGCGGGAGACCUACGGCCACCUGGGCGCUCUGGGUUUCCCAGGCCCUAAACCUGCUCUUAUUUGCUGGAUGGAUGAAGAGACAGAGGUUUGGGGUCCGGAUGCCCGGGACCCCGAGGAGGCAAGGGAGAGAGGAGCGGAACACUUAGGAGGAACCAGGAAUAAGCCUGAAAAGUGGAAGAUAGAAGGGCCUGGACUCCAGGAACUUGAUGAAGCACUUCUGAAGAACAAUCUGUCAGGUCCACCAGGCCUUUCCCAUGAACAAGGAGAUUCUUCCUGCACUGACUGUGGCAAGUCUUUGCAUAAACACUCUAUCGCUGCACUCCACCAAUGUAAUCCCAACCAGAAGAGGUCAUAUAUGUGUCCUGAUUGUGGACGCCACUUUGCUUAUCCCUAUUUACUGGUCAGCCACCAAAGAAUGCAUUCUGGGGAACGUCCCUAUCCUUGUGAUCAGUGUGAGGCACGAUUCUUCCAAAAGAAGUAUCUUGUCCAACACCAGCUAAUCCACACAGGUGAGAAGCCCUACACAUGCCCUGAAUGUGGACGCUGUUUCAGACAGAGAAGGUCCCUAGUCAUCCAUCAGCGACGUACACACACAGGGGAGAAGCCCUAUUCCUGUCCUGACUGCAAGCGACAAUUUGUUUAUCCUUACCAACUAGCUACUCACCGUCGCACUCACACAGGGGAGAAACCAUACUCCUGUGCAGAGUGUGGUUGCCGCUUCACAUAUUCCUCCUUACUGAUAAGCCACAGGCGUAUUCACUCUGAUGAAAGACCCUUUCCCUGCCCCGAGUGUGGGAAGCGGUUCAAACGGAAGUAUGCCCUUGAAGCACACCAGUGGAUCCAUCGUUCUGGCACUGAGAUUUGGAGAAGCAUGCCAUCAGCAAGACAGUCUGCAGCAGAAUCCUCUGACCAAGGUGCCCGGGAUCCCCCUGUACACUGCCGUUAUUAUCCAGAUAUAUUCCAGGAGUGUGGAUGAAGGAAUCUGGGAGAGAUGUGAAGAAGCUCAUACCCGACGGCUGUAUCUUCUAUAUAAAGUAUGAGGUCAGGCCACCUAUGUGUUGGGAGGGCAGUGAUAAGAACUGAGGGUUUAAAGAGAUAGGAGGUCUGGUAGAACUUCUCUAGGGAAUGUUAAUGGAAACAGAAGGAGACAAGUGAAGGACUAAUGAUUUCCAUUGAGAGUUUUAAGUUAGACAGCUGAUCAAAACAGAUCUAUUUUUGCUGGAUUUAGGUUGAAACUCCAGUCUUUCUUGGUACCCUGCUCACUUAGCUAGUGUUUUGGGACCAAGAAGGGAAUUAAGUAUGGGUUCUGCCCCUAGGGUUCUUAGUAUUAGACCAAAAGAAGAAAGCAACACUUCCUCCCCCUAGUUUCUCCAAAACUGUUCAUAGGUUUGGUUUUCUUUUAUAAGGCAUUGCUUUAUGAAAUACCUCAUAGAUGUUAUCCCACUCAUACAAGGAAUGCCCCAUUGCCAAUUAGUCCAUUAGAUGAUCCAUGCACUCACUCAACCAAUUAAAUAGAUUGUCUCUAGGCAGCUGGCUAGUCACCUUGAAAUUUUAACUUAAAAUCUCUGGUCCCUACCUUUUCCUUCAGAUGGUAAUGUUUUGCUGGUAUCCAUGUUCUAUUUUAGAAAAGAUAUAUUUACUAUGUAUUAACUACCAGAUAAUUUAUUUAUGAUACUCUAAAAGAAGAAUGUCCACUUUUGUCUUGUGGAAGAAGCAUAAGAUAGUCUCUUUUUAUUUUAACUUUUAUUCCUUCAACUGAAAAACUGAGUAGUUAGGAUGGGUUAUCCAAUAUGGUUAUAUAGUAUUUAAAUCUUUGAUAUUUUGCAUUUUCUUCUAUUAGAAUAAGUAGAAACCUGCCACAGAAAAAGACUUAUUAAUAGAUCUCUUUUCUUAUUAUCUCUAGUUAGAAACAACUUUCAGAAUUGUUCUAAUUUGUAAUAGUUUUAUCAUCAUGUUGAUCUUUCUCAGGGCAGGGAUGAAUAAUUGUCCUUUUUCUUUUUUUGCACAUCCUUCUCACUUUUUAUAUGUGUUUCUCUGUUCUUGCUCAAUUUCGUAAAAAUCUUUCUGGAUUGUACCUUACAAGUGCCUUAUUCAUAGUUGUCUUGAUAAUUAAAUUAUUUUGUCUACAUGAAA